CAACUCCUAAGGGCUCGCCUACAGGACCAACACAAUCGCUAUGACGGCCUCAUCGACGUGAUUAGGAGGACCUGGAGGUUUGAGGGCCUCCGAGGCUAUUACAAGGGACUGUUACCCAAUCUGAUUAAAGUGACCCCGGCCUGUGCGCUCACAUUUGCAAAUUGUUUUAUAAUAGACAUGGAGUUGAAGCCAGAAAUCUAUCAAAAUCUCAAUUAUUUGCCCAAAGAGUUUGCAAUUAAGACAUUCACGAGACUUCGUAAUGAGAAUAAAUCAUACGGUCUGGUUGUAGACCUGGGACCUGGUGAUGGAGGGCUAACCAAAGUGCUGUCAACUUAUGUCAACCAUAAACGCAUUGUGGCCUUAGAUAUUGAUCCUGGUUGUAUAUCUCAUUGCAAACAAAUUAACAAGGUCAAAACCGUAGAAUAUGAGAUACAAGACUUGGGUGUAGAAUGGGAUCAGUUUAGAUCAGAUCUUAAGCGACAACUGGAGGGCAAAGUAGAGCUCAUAUUCUCUAACUUUACACUACAUUUCAUACCAAAUAAGAGGCAAUUACUGGAAGUUAUAUCCAGACUAUUGGCUCCAAACGGCAUAAUUCACGCAAAUUUUAUAGUCAUCUCUGAUUUGAACAAAAAGUUACCCAUAGAUGACCGAAAACCUGAGUACCUAUCAGUUGAUCAACAGAUAGACAUCUGGAGGGAGAGUAUAGUUGACAAUGGAUUAAAGAUUAAGGAGUUUAGUGUUGUGGACGCGGUUUGGCAUAUGAGUCGUCAGGAGAUAAUAAACUUUAUUCCGGUUCCCGUCGGCUUUUACAAGACAUUCAUCAAAGCGGGCCAACCAUUUGAUGGCAAACGACUAACUGAUGCCGUGUUUGACGCGCUUAUAAAUCCCGGUGCGGAUCAGCCAAACCCUAACGCAUGGAAGGAAUUCCUCGCCAAUGAAAGCAUCACUAAAUAUCUAGUCAACUUUACAAUAGACAUGGAUUUGAAGCCAGAAAUCUAUGAACACAUGAAUUAUUUGCCCAAAGAGUUUGCAAUUAAGACAUUCACGAGACUUCGUAAUGAAAAUAAAUCAUAUGAUCUGGUUGUAGAUCUGGGACCAGGAGAUGGAAGUCUAACCAAAGUCUUGUCCACUUAUGUCAAACAUAAACGGAUUGUGGCCUUAGAUGUGGAUCCCAUUAUGAUAUCCCACUCCAAACACAAUAAUAGCGUUCACUCUAUUGAGUACGAGUUGCAAGACUUGAGUGUGGGAUGGGAUCAUCCCGAAACCUAUGGUUCCCUAAACUAUGCGCCCAAACAGUUCGCACUCCAGACCUUCAAGAGACUUAACAAACAGAAUAAACUAUACGACACAAUCGUAGACAUCGGUGCGGGUGAUGGAGGGGUCACCAAACUGUUGGCCACUAAUGUCAGACACAACCGCAUUGUGGCCAUCGAUUUGGACCCCGAGAUGACAGCCUAUGCUCAACGGGUCAACAGCGGAGACACCAUUGAGUACCGAACACAAGACAUGAGUGUCUCGUGGGAUGAGCUCAACCCAGACAUCCGACUACUGGAGUUUAAAGUGUCGCUCAUAUUCACAAACUUUGCCUUACAUUACAUCCAAAAUAAGACAAAACUUCUGAAUAUAUUCUCGCGAUUGUUGUCCACUGAGGGCUCAAUUCACGCCAAUAUUAUAAUACUCCUGGAUCUUAAUAAAAAACUAUCUCCUGAUGACCGCAAAGACUAUUAUCUCUCAUUUGAGGCCCAAUGCAAACACAUGUCUGACAUUGUAUUUGACGCCUACGUUAACCCGGGUAGGGAUGAGCCUAACCCUAACGCCUGGAAGGAAUUCCUGACCAAUGAUGCCAUUACUCAAGUGGUCCUAUAUUACAAAACGCUGAGACUUAUUGCCCAUAAAUGA